CUCAAGAACAACUCACAUUGCUACAAAUUGCUUUCUUUGCCAUCUUAAUCUCAGUUCUUGGCCUUCUCUUUUUGUUUGGUGUUUCUCAUAUCAUCCCUUAGCAACUUUCCUACUGUUGUAAAUCAAUAAGAUAAUUUAACUUUAUCGUAUUGACAUAUUAUCUUUUUCUAAGAAGCAUUGUUUCAAGAUUUAUACUUUCAGGUGCGAGAUCUGAGACUGGGCAGGAAAGAAUUUAGGACUCAUUAGAAUGGUUAGGGGUUGGUGAUCUAAAACAAAAUUAAAAGGUAGUUGGCUGGGAUUUGGAAUGCAUUUUUGGUCGGGUCUUCCAGGUGUGUGCUAAUACAUACUGUCUUUUGGUUUUUGCAACAAAUAGAAAUAUGCAAUUAUUGCUGGUUCAAGGAUUAUCAACCAUUUCGGAAUGAUUAUUAUUUUGUUUUUAAAUUCUGUCUUAAGAUGGAGGAUUAUAUUAAAGCGCUACUUUAUGUCUUACACGACAUGUAAUAUUUAAAUAGAGAAAAAGACGUGGCUCUUUGCCGAGCUUGCCAUGAUGAUAUAAUAUGUUUUGCCAUUAGUGGACAAAAGAUGCAGAAAAAAAAAAACUUUAUCUGAGAAGUUUGAAUAGGAUAGAAGAAAUUAGAAAAACCAGAUAAUAUGUUGGACUUAUCUUUAAUUCCUUAAAACUUAACUUUAAUUGAUGGGCAUAAACUAAUAAGAUUUGGGAUGUGCUUAAUAGAUGCAGCCUUAAAGUGGUUAAAAAAAAAAGGCCAUCAAUGACUAUUAUGGUCCAAGAAUCAUAAGAACGUUGGUAAUUAAAAAAAAUUAACUAAAUACUAAUACUUGAAAACGUUUAUCUGGUUAGGCAAAUGUGCUUUGAUUGGAUGGAAAUGAACAGCAGAGAUUUAGGGCUGUCAUGCUUUGCUAGAGAAGUUUUUUGCUUUAUCAUCUUCGUCCAAUCAUAUUAACAAGUAGAUAACUUAGUGAAAUAAACCUCAAUUUUUAUGAAGUUAAACAAAUAAUCUGUGUUAGUGGGAAUUUGGUUUAGGUACAAUGAUCUCUUUCAAUUCCCCUUAUUUGUUGUAACCCAAAAGGAAAGAAAAAAAUUAAUUAAAAAAAGGAAAGAGAAAAAAGAUAAUCAGUUGUUUGUCUUUUACUGGCCCUUGGUAGUCUGCUGUCUCUCGUCUUGAUUAAAAAAUGAAACAUAGAAACUUAUAUUUUCUUGUUCUUCUCCAUAAUUCAGCCUUAGCAUAGAGAAUAAUAUAAAUCAAGCACAACAUGAUACAGCUCAUCUCUCUAGCACUUUUAUAAUUCAAGCAAGGAUGCCUUUGACCUCAAAUUUGAGAUAGGAAGGAAAGAACAGAAACAUAACCCGAGUAUUUAUACAGCAAAAUCGUUUGUCAUACAUAAUCUGGAUUAUGAUUAGAAGCAUUAGCUGUACAAAUUAUAGAAAAUACACAAGUGGCAGUUGCUGAUUGCACGCAAAUUCUUCACUUAUCCCUCAAGUUGUAAUUCCUAACCAAAUAAAAAGAUAAUGAAAAGGAAUAUGAUAUUGGAACCAUGUGUAUGACUUCAAAAAAUUGUGAUUCUCUUUUAGGGAUUUCCAUCAUGUCCAGAAGAUUCUUGAUUCUUCUUGUAUUGGCUGGACUCCAAAUUUUGAUAUUUCUUGUCGCUUUAAAUUACAAAAUUUUCCUGGAUGCCAGUGAUAAGUUUGGCUGUUGCAGUUCAUGCCUAUCUGUGUGCAUGUAUGUGUUUUUGAUCUUUGAUUUAUCAUGAUGUAUUAUUUUUUAUGGUCAAUGAGAGAUGUAAAAGAUGGGAUUUUCCAGAAAAAUGAAUAAGAUGAGAAUGGAACUGGUGGAAAAUAAGAUACAUAUAGAACGAUUUUAUGCUAUCUGCACAAGAACUGUGAAUAGUGAAAGCAAAAUGGUUAAUGGCGGGUUAAAGAAGAAUAAAAGAAAAAAGAAUAGGACACCUGGAUUUCAUUAAGUCUUUGUAGAAAGGGACUUGCUUCUUCUGGCCCUACCUUAAGGCGCAUAUUCUCUUUGAGGUAUGUGUUCAUACUGAUGCUGUAAUUAUUGUUCGUCGCCUCGUAGGGUUAGGACAUCAAAACAUUGGUCACCUUCAGCCAGAUAGUGUCCUCUUCCACACACUGUCCAAAGAUUUUGGGUACUCAAAGGUCUCCCAAAAUCUUGCGUAGGAUUAAUGGAAAUAUUACUAGAUAGCUAUCAUAUUGAACACGAAUAAUCAAGCAGAAGAUAGAAAAAAGCGUGUACUUAUUAUUGACCUUUCUAUGUUAGGUGCUGUUAUGUAUGCCCCACAACCUCCUUAAAACAAUUUUUUCAGAAAAAUAUAACUAUUAUAGAUCUCUGUUUUUGCUUUUUAUGCUUGUUAAGUUGACAAUGUAAUUAGAGAAUGUGGAGGUAAGUGCUGUUGGAUAGGUAGGUCCAUUUCAAUUCUCUCUUUUCUGAGCUAUAAGCUUGUGAGGAAGUGCCUGGACUGCAUCCCUCUGACAAAGUGGCUUUGAAAAGGGGAAAAAGUUAUGCAAUUCAGUUCUACUCUCGAAUCAGACAAACAUGGCAACUACCACCCGCUUCCUGAUUUCGCAUCUUCAUUGCCUUCAGAAAUAGAUUUGAAACCUGAGAGAAGAAAUAGGGUGUGGCACAAGGAUGCUGCUGAAGGUGAAUCCCUAAAACACAAAGCAGCACUUGGUGCUCCAGCUCAAAGAAAGACUCACAUCAACAAGUAUGCUUUUGCUGGUGCCGUUUUAGCCUCCACAAAUUCUGUUCUCUUGGGCUAUGACAUUGGAGUGAUGAGUGGUGCAGUGCUCUACAUCAGGGACGACCUCCAUAUCACAUCAACACAAGUGGAGAUCUUGGUAGGUUGCCUUAAUGUAUGUUCAUUGAUCGGAUCUCUUGCAUCAGGUAGAACUUCUGAUUAUAUCGGCAGACGUUAUACUAUUGUCCUGGCUGCUGCCACAUUUUUUAUUGGUGCAAUUUUAAUGGGACUGGCACCGUCCUUCACAUUUCUAAUGGCUGGAAGGGUAGUGGCUGGCAUUGGUGUUGGCUACUCCCUAAUGAUUGCUCCAGUCUAUACUGCAGAGCUCUCCCCAGCCAUAACUCGAGGCUUCCUAUCUUCCCUUCCUGAAGUCUUCAUCAAUGUCGGGGCUCUACUCGGUUAUGUCUCCAACUAUGCUUUAUCGGGUCUUCCAAACGACAAAAAUUGGAGACUAAUGCUUGGACUUGCAGCUUUCCCAGCUAUAAUUGUUGCUUUAGGUGUGAUGGUGAUGCCUGAAUCCCCUCGUUGGCUAGUCAUGAAAGGCCGGUUUGGUGAUGCGAAGAAGGUUUUGGCCAGAACAUCAGAAUCUGAAGAAGAAGCAGAAUUGAGAUUAACAGAAAUGAUUAAAGCUGCAAAGGAUUUGACUCAUGGAGCUGCUUCAAGCAAUUGGCGUGGGCAGGGUGCUUGGAGGGAGUUGUUGUUUGAACCAUCUCGCCCCAUCCGCCGGAUUCUUAUUUCUGCUAUUGGAGUUAACUUCUUUAUGCAAGCUUCAGGGAAUGAUGCUGUCAUGUAUUACACUCCUGCAGUGUUCAAGGAUGCUGGAAUUCAGAGCAGACAACAGCUUGUAGGUGUAACAAUCAUCAUGGGAAUAGCCAAAACAUUCUUUGUUUUGGUGUCUGCUCUUUUCUUGGACAGGUUUGGGAGGAGGCCGCUUUUGUUAUUGGGCACAACUGGGAUGGCUGUUGCAUUGGCUGCCUUGGGCCUGGGAUCAAAGUAUCUUCAACAGUGCGAUAUCAAGCCAUUAUGGGCCAUUGCAUUGUGUAUAGUGGCUGUAUGUGCUGAUGUAUCUUUCUUUUCAAUUGGGCUUGGUCCAAUCACUUGGGUCUACUCAUCAGAGAUUUUUCCUAUGAGGUUAAGGGCCCAAGGUACAAGCUUGGCAAUAUCAGUCAACAGAUUGGUGAGUGGGAUUGUGGCCAUGACAUUUCUCAGCAUUUCCAGGCUUAUUUCUUUUGGUGGAAUGUUCUUUGCACUUUCAGGAAUUCUGGUAGUGGGUACAAUUUUCUUUUAUUUCUUUUUACCUGAAACCAAAGGCAAAACCUUGGAAGAGAUCGGUUCUCUCUUUGAAGAUAAAAUCCCUGAGAAUGAAAGACAUUUUGUUUCCUAAUCCAUGAAAACGUGACCCAAUUGAAAAUGAAAAACAAAUUCCAAUAUGGAAUUGGAGGUAAACACCUCGUCAACCUCAGAACUUGGUAGUACAUCGGAUUAACUUUGGGAUUCUGUAAGUUGUUAGGGUUGAAAUGUGACGAAUCUGUCAUGCGAGGAACUGUUAAGGUGUAUAUGAGUUGAUAUUUAGAAGUGCAUAAUUGAACAUUUGAAAAUUUGUGUCCAGUGUGUACAUGUACAGUAUAGUCCAUUCAUUCUUGUAUAAUAUAUUUUUAUUAUUUAAGAUAUUGUUGUAUUUAUAGGUUGGAAGAGCAACAAUAUACAUUGUUUAUUCUGUUUUA